ACAAUGGUGUUCCGCCUCCAACCGUGGUGUUCCCUGCUGGUGGUGGGCGUGGUGGUGGUGCUCGGCAUGUGUGCAGGCGUGGGCGAGGCCAUCCCCCCACCCCUCUGCUACAACCAGAAGCUGGCCCUCACGCCCUACGCCCGGAGGCUCUGCGCCGCCCUUAACGACAUCUCCAGAUUCUCACGAGCAAUGGAGGAAUACCUAGACGCCCAAGCCAUCAAGAACAGCAUGGGAGUCAACGAGCCAGAGGUCAAACGGCAGGACCUCGACCACGUGUUCCUCCGCUUCGGACGGUCCCAGCAGUAGUUGACCAGCGGGGUGACGUUCCAGUGACGCUCCUCCUCCACCCCCGCCCCCACCACCACCUCCACCACUACUGCCAGCUACAACACCGACAUCAAGACACCAACAUGAACAAUGCCAGCAGCUAUCGUCGUCAAGAGAGAGAAAGAGAAGGGAGGAAGAAUCAUUAUGUUCCACUCUCGAAAUAUCUGUCUGUCUAGCGCUCUCUAUCUCUCUCCGCGUGAGAUUAUAACUGUGGUGGGGGGUUUUGUUAUUUCUGAAAUGUCUCCUCUUUUGCGCAUUAUGUUGUAUCUGGUGGAAGGAUUAUCCUGUGUUACGCUGGAAAGGCUUUAAUGGAGUCUAUAUAUGAUUAUCCUCUCCCUUCUUUCUGAGCUUCUGUGUACCUGAGGAGCCGCGCACCUGCUCCUCCCCUCCACCUGGCUGGCCGCGAGAAUUAUAUUUGUAGACCCAUUCGGCAGAGGCGCGCCAGCAACGCUCUCCUCGGCAACACGUGGGUAGCCAUCAGCUGUACGAAAUAAAUUAAGGAAACUAAAGCCUAUUUUUUUUCUUCUCGAGGUGUUACGAUGCUACUCCAAUUUUCAAUGUGAUGUAAAAUACUGUACUUUGAUUUUUAAACCAUACCAAAUAAAACUGAACGACAAUUUA